GCUGGCGGCCUGAAAGCUGGGAGGACAACGGAUGCAGGUGACCUCGGCCAAUGGAACGUCAAUCGGUCCGAACUCAUGCCCGCUCUUCCACCAACCGACUUAUCAUCGACCGCGAAACGACACGAGCUCUCAAGAUCAUCCCGCAGCGAAGCAUCUACAGCUACACCCACAAGAGAAGAAUGUCUUCAACGCCAUCCCUACCGAAAUUCGUCGUCUGGGCACGCGACUACAUCGACGAGGGUGCUCUCGAACGAAGACUAGCAAACGCCAAGAAACUCAUCAGUCAAGGCAUCCUACUGGGUCGGCGGAGGGCUCUUGACGCCCGAAUCCGUCGAUGCAGCUGCAGCAGACAUAAAGUUCGUUGGAUAUACGAGGGCGAAAUCAUCGAUGCCAUUGCCAUGAUGCAAUGGGACAAGGAGAAAAUCAUUAUUCUCCCGGACCCCAUCGCAUUGGCAACAGGCCUUCCGCCUGUGCCUUCUUAA